CCGAAACAUCAUAWUGCGCAUGCGCUCUCUCUUGACUGUGGUUCGACCUCUGCAGUCGUAAGACCCGGGCUUCAGCCAGAUUUGAUCAAACCGGUUAAAACUACCUGAAAUACAAGAUGUACGCCUGUGCAAAGUUUGUUUCCACACCGGCUGUGGUCCGUGCUGGUUCCCGAGCUCUUUACAGACCCCUGUCUGCCUCUGUGCUGUCCAGGCCUGAAGCCAAUGCAGAGAGCACUGUUGCUGUGAUGCCACAGAAUCCCCUCGCUCAGGUCACACUGAGAGGCUUCCAGACCAGCGCCAUCAGCAGGGACAUCGACACCGCUGCUAAGUUUAUUGGUGCCGGGGCUGCCACUGUUGGAGUCGCUGGCUCUGGUGCUGGAAUUGGGACAGUGUUCGGUAGUCUCAUCAUUGGUUAUGCCAGGAACCCAUCUCUGAAGCAGCAGCUGUUCUCAUAUGCCAUCCUGGGAUUUGCCCUGUCUGAAGCUAUGGGACUCUUCUGUUUGAUGAUUGCUUUCCUUAUCCUGUUUGCUAUGUGAAACUGCCCCUACAACACUUUAAUUACAGAUGUGACUAAAUAUUUUCUUGUGGCUACCAAAAUUGUUCCGUAUUGGUGUCAUGGAAAUGUACAUUUUUCAAGUCUUUCAGACACUGUCAAAAACAGCAAAACAUGUAUUGUACAAAUGAAAGAUCUUACACAAUUAAAAUACAUGUAUUUGACUAUUUAA